AUGAGGAUUAUUCAGAUAAGCAAUCGACUUUUGUCCAUAUCAACUAUUGGACGAACAAGUAUUCCACAACUAAUAACAUGUUCAAACUCGAAUUCUUAUAGUCAACAUAUAUUAUGUACAACAGAUAUUCGUUAUUUUCAUUCAUCUGCAAGAUUUUAUGAUGAUAGAUCUAAAGUAGAAAAAACUGUGAGUUUAUUAAAAAAAGAUAAGAUUGAUGGAGAAAAAAUUAAACAAUCAGUAUCAACAACGACUGUUCCAAUCGUUCAAUCGAAUGAUUCAUUAGUUGCAACGACAACAUCUGAAUCAACAAUUAUUAAACGUAAAUCUCUUUCACAACGUAUUAUUCAUGAAUUAAAACAUUAUUAUAAUGGUUUUAAGUUAUUAUUUAUUGAAACAAAAAUUGCAUUUCGUCUUUUGAGACAAGUUCUACAUGGUCAUACAUUAACAAGACGAGAACGAAAACAAUUUACACGUACUUCUGCUGAUUUAUUUCGACUUGUACCUUUCUCUGUAUUUAUUAUUGUUCCAUUUAUGGAAUUUACAUUACCAGUCUUUUUAAAACUGUUUCCUAAUAUGUUACCUAGUACAUUCAAAGAAGCAGAUAAAGAGCAAGAAAAAUUAAAGAAACAAAUGAAAGUUAAAUUAGAAAUGGCAAAAUUUCUACAGGAUACACUCGAAGCUACAGCUUUAAAAUCGAAACGAAAACGUUCUGAUGCUGCAUUACCAACACAAUUCAUAGAAUUUAUGAAUAAGGUUCGUUCAACCGGUGCUCAACCUUCAACAGAAGAAAUAAUGAAUUUUUCUUCUUUAUUUGAAAAUAAAUCAACAUUAGAUAAUCUCGAUCGUCCACAAUUAGUUGCAUUAUGUAAACUAAUUGGUAUAUCUUCGAUUGGUCCUGAUUAUUAUCUUCGUUUUACUCUACAUUUAAAAUUACGUAAUUUAGCAGCAGAUGAUAAAUUAAUUGAAUCUGAAGGUAUUGAAAAUCUCGAUGUUGAAGAAUUACAAGCAGCAUGUCGUGAACGUGGUAUGCGUUCAUAUGGUGUUAGUAUUGAACGUUUACGUUCACAAUUACAACAAUGGCUUGAUCUUCAUCUUAAUAAACGUAUACCAUCAACAAUUUUACUUUUAUCACGUGCACUUUAUUUACCAGAAAAUAUAUCUCAAGAAAAUGUUCUCAAAGCAGCUAUUCAAUCAUUACCAAAAGCAAUUGAUAAUGUAACAGCUGUUAAAUUAGCACAAGUUAGUGGCGAACGUGUUGAUAAUACACAACGUAUUGAAUAUAUUAAACGUGAAGAUGAAGCUAUACGAAAAGAAAAAGAAGAAAAAGCUAAAAAUAAAAUUCUAUCUGAUAUUGAAAUAAGAAAUAAACAAUUAGCUGAACAAGUCGUUAUACCAACAACACCAUUAGAUAUUCCUAAAGCAGAAAUUCUUGUUGAUCGAGCACCAAUACUUAGCAAUAAGAAAAAAGAUGAAUCAAAUAUUGAUGUUGGACCAUUUGAAACUGCACUUGGACAACUUGUUAAUCAAAAAGCAAAAGAAGUUCAUGGUGCAGUUGAAGAAAUUCAAGAUCUUAAAGCUGAUGUUAAAGAAUAUAAAGAAGAUGUUAAAGAAUUAGAAACAUUAGCUACAUUAAAACAAUUAAAACAUUUAAGUGAAACACGUUCAGCUAAAGCACUUUCAAAACGUAUUGAUAAACUUGUUGGUGAUCUUGAUCAAAUUGUUCAAACACUUGAUAAAAAACAAAAUAUACUUAAAGAAGAUAUUAAAAUUCAAGAAGAUACAUUAAAAGAUGAAACAUCAUUAAAAAGUGAUCAAAUUCAACAACAUAAGGAUUUUCUUACAGAAAAAAGAAAUAUGCUUGUGUCAACACAAGAAUUUGUCAAUACAAUUCGUCAAAUACAAAAAGUCUCUAAUCAAUCGACAGAUGCUCAACUUUGGGAUAUAAUUCAUCAAUUUGAUCAUAAUAAAGAUGGUUUUAUUGAAGCAGAUGAAAUAUUAAAAGCAUUAGAAAUAAUUGGUAAUGAAAAAGUUGAAUUAUCAAAAGAACAUUUACAAGAAAUUAUUAAUCUUGUACGUAAAGAACAUAUUAUUGAACGAAAAGAAAAAAACGACGCAAAAAUUAAACAACAAUCAUUAAUUAAUUCAGUUAAUGAUAACGAAAAAAAAACAAUUAAUUGA